AUGCAAGCUUUAUCAAAGGUUUCUUGGAAUACUGCUGGAAUGGUGGGAAGAGUGACUUCAUUAUUCUACUCCUUGCUUCAGAUUUGGCUGUGCUGCUUAGUAGUAAUUUCACAUCAGGGACAGGCCUUCGACAACUUAAAUCACCUACACAUGGAGCACAAAGAUGAUGACGACGAUGAUGUGUCUUUUGCCAAAUGGAUGAGCAGCUUCUGGGGUCACAGCUGGAUAGAAGAGAACGAGAGAGGACUCCGGGACCAUCAUGGGCCAAAAGAUGCUACUCACAGGAAAACCUCCCUGCCCUGCCCAUUUCCUGCGCUUCCUAGAAUCACAUCGUCUGACAGCCAUCCCAGAAGACAUUCUCAUGAGGACCAGGGAUUUCAAUGCCAUACCCACAUGCUGGAUUACAGAAAAUGCUCAGCAGAUGAGUCAUUCAAGGAGGCACUGGAAUCAAAAGGAAGAUCUCAGUCCAAAAUUCAAGCAUUUUCAGAGUCCUUUGAACAGAAACUAUGCUUUAGAACCAAACGCUCCGUCUCUUUGGGACCUGAGAGCAGGAAGGAGAGGAACGAAAGGGAAUGCCUGAGGAUGGAGAUAAAAUCUCGAAAGAAAGUGGAGGAAAGAAGGAACUCUAGGAAGGAAGAACACGGAGAAGCACACAUGCCCACCUUGGUUGAAAGAGAGUCCAAAUAGUGUUUCCACAUCAUGUCUCCAGAUGCCAGGUUUUGGUGGCACUUGUGAAGGAGUGUCCGCAAAUGCUGAGUGACUGCAGUGGUCCAUUGGUGCAGGGCUCCCCAGGAUGACUUGCACCUGACUCCCACUGCUUCUGAUAUCUUAGUUGAGAGUGUGAUCUGCUAUGUGGUCCUUUUAUGGGAAUAAAGAAAAUAAAAUGUAUUUUAAUAGAAGAAGUGAUUCUUAAAAAUGUAAAGAAAGAUAUUUAAAGAGCCCCCAACGCAUCUUCACUAACUCUUCUUCUGCAUCAACCUUGCAAAUAAGUUUAAAUAAAAGUCAUUGAUGUG